AUGGAGAAUAUCUGGUACCAUCGUAAGGUCGCCGAUACAGCUGCAAAGGGCUGCAUGAUCUGCUACAAGCCCUCGGCCAGCGUCCUCAUCACCCCGGACAGCAAGGACUUCUUCUACAUCUGCCCCUCGCACCUCAAGGACCGCAACUUCGCCCUGCCCACCGACGAUGAAGCAAAGGCUAUCGCCGACAGGAAGAAGAAAGAAGACUUGGAUCGCGAGAUUGAAGCUGUCAAGAAGGAGUACGACGAGAAGAUGAAGAAGAAGCAACAGAAGAAGGACAAGUCAAAGGACAAGGAGAAGGAGAAGAAUGCCAAAGACAAAGACAAAGAUAAAGACCAGGACGAGAAGGAGAGGGAUGACAAGAUUAAGGCUCUGACAGACAAGGCCGAUGCCUCGUCGACGUCCAAGCCAGGCGCCGACGACGGGCCCCGUGUCUUUCAGCUGCAGAAGCACUUUUACAACAUGCGACUGGAGAAGAUGCGCAAUGCCGAAGCUGCAAAGCGCAAUCGUGAGCGCCUACGCAAUCCCUCUCUGUUCCCCUCGGUCCCCACUGGCAAUCCCUGA